AUGAAAGCUAAUUCAGGAAGGGCUCGCCAAGGCAAGCCAGCAAGCGGCGCUGACAAUGCUGAAAAGGCUCGUCAAGCAAUGUUGAAGAGAUCAAAGAAAUCAGAUAACUCAAUGCAGCAAUAUUAUAUUGUGAUAGGUGCAUUUGUGGCAAUCUGCGUAGCAUCAGUUCUAUACGUUCUUUUGAACCCUAAAAAGUCUUUCGCUUCAAUGCAAGUCAUUGAUGAAAGUCAAAUUCUAGUGCAUAAUGGUCAGCCAAAUUCAAACUUCCAACAGGGAACCAACUCCUUCUUCACAAACUGGACCUUAUCAAACGCAAAAUCUCUCUUCUAAAAUUCACUCUCAGAUACCCAAAACAUUCCACCUUGCAAGACCAAGGAAGACGAUGAGCAAAUUAUCCCAGAGAAAUAUGACUGGAGAGAAGUUUACCCAGAUUGUGUUCAACCUGUAUUUAAUCAAGGCAACUGCUCUUCAUCAUACAUUGUUGCUUCAUUAGGAGUAGCCGCUGACCGUAUUUGCCAAUCAUCAAAGAAGCCAAUUAGACUUUCAGCUUAAGAGUUAAUUGAUUGCGAUAAGUCAAACUACCAAUGUGAUGGAGGUUAUGUUACAAGAGUUUAUAACUGGGGUAAGAGAAAGGGAUUCAUCCCUGAAUAAUGUCUACCAUACAAUGGUACAGUUGGAGAGUGUGAGGAUGAUCAUUUAGAAUCAAAUGAAUGCAGAGCAAACAAUAUCUUCUAUAGAGUUGUUGACUAUUGCCUAGCCCAGGAUGAUAGAGGAAUCAAGAAGGAAAUCUUAAAGAAUGGUCCAGUUGCAGCUCAAAUGGUUGUCUACACUGAUUUCUUGACAUAUAAGGAUGGUAUUUAUCACAGAACCGAUGACUCAUUCAAAUUCAAUGGACAACAUGUAGUUAAGAUCGUAGGAUGGGAUAGAUAAGGAGAUGGUAAUGAGUAUUGGAUUGUUGAGAACUCAUGGGGAUCAGAUUGGGGUGAAGAUGGUUUCGUAAGAGUAUUAGCUACUGAUAAGAGUACUGGGUUAGAUUUCUACGCUAUUGGUGUAGCCGUAUAUCCAUACACAAUGGCUGAAUACUAUGCAGCUCAAGAAUAAUAAUAACUCUAACAAGAAGCUCAAUAAUAGCCACAAGGAAUUGAAGAAACCUUAGUUGAUUUAGAUGUCCCAGCUGAAGAGGAACCUCAAUAAUGA